GCACUGUGAUGUCAGCGAGACCAGCGUGCAGUCUCAUACUUGAGAUAAGUUAUUUGCCAAUCUACAUUUCAUGCGUUUGGUCGGUGUGGUGUACAUCACCUCUUGAUCAUUGAUCAACUUGUACAAAGCUUCUCUUGAGGAUUUGGACAAGAAAUGGCAGACGCAGAGGAAGCCCCGUUACUUCAGAAAAAGUCAGACAGGAAAUCUCCAACGUAUGUAAACGUCACUACCUCCCUAGUCGAGAAGAAGACUGACCAUCAACUGACCGGAUCUUCGGAGGUCAGGGAAAAUGACAUAUACAUCCCCUACGAUGAAAAAUGUUCCGACUUGAGGACGAGCUACAGUGACGGCAUCGAGUCCGUAUGUCUGUCGUGGGAGAACAUCAACGUCCACGUGAAGAUAGACAACAAGAAGUGCUGUGGGCGUAGAAGCCAAGAGGUGGAGCUAAAGCACAUUCUCAAAGAUGUGACCGGUCUGGUGAAACCUGGAUCUUUGCUGGCCAUUAUUGGAGCAAGUGGCGCCGGCAAGUCGACUCUGAUGAACGCACUGGCGUGUAGGAACAUCGCCCAGUACACCAUGGAAGGAGCUGUCAAGGUCAAUGGUGUACAGGUCGAAAAGGGCAUCAAGAACAUCUCAGCCUAUGUUCAACAAGAUGAGAUGUUCAUCGGGACCCUCACGGUCAGGGAACAUCUCACGUUCAGGGCUCUGUUGAGGAUGGACAGGCGACUGUCGAGGAAGGCCCGCUUACAGAGGGUGGAUGAGGUGAUCGUCGAGAUGGGUCUGACGAAGUGCGCUGAGACUAGGAUUGGGACGCCAGGUCUGACAAAGGGAAUCUCUGGAGGCGAGAUGAAGCGGCUGUCCUUUGCUUCAGAGGUGCUGACCAAUCCGCCCCUGAUGUUCUGUGACGAGCCGACGUCGGGGCUGGACUCCUUCAUGGCACAGAACAUUGUGAAGACCUUACAGAGCAUGGCGGCCAAGGGCAGAACCAUCCUGUGUACUAUCCAUCAGCCAUCGUCGGAGGUCUUCGCCAUGUUCAGCCAGGUUCUACUUUUGGCCGAGGGCAGGACAGCAUUCAUAGGGGCAUCACAAGAUGCUUUUGAGCUGUUUUCCAGCCAAGGUUUCCCCUGUCCAAGGAACUUCAACCCUGCAGACUUCUAUGUGCUGACUCUUGCUAUUGUCCCCGGAAAGGAGCAGGAAAGUUUCGACAAAGUGCAGAGUUUGUGUGACGCUUUCCGAGACAGUGAACUGACCCGCAUUAUGUCCACGGACAUCAUGGACACUUCACAGACACUGCGACGAGCGUCAUCUGUCGUGUUUGAGGAGGCGUUCGACAACGAAGACAGAUAUGACACAUCUUGGUUCAAUCAGUUUUCUGUUGUGCUGUGGCGAAGCUGGAUCAGUCUAUUCAGGGAUGUGGUCUUGUUCCGAGUCCGGGUGAUGCAGACUGUGGUAAUAUCCGUCGUUCUUGGCCUCGUGUACUUGGAUCAGGAAUACAACCAAGAGGGCGUCAUGAACAUCAACGGGGCGCUCUUCAUCCUCAUUACAAACGCCUCCUUCACCAACAUGUUUUCGGUAGUUAAUUCGUUUCCGAUAGAGAUGUCAAUUUUCUUGCGAGAAUACGGCAGCGGACUUUACAGGGUAGAUGUGUACUUCCUCGCGAAAAACAUAGCCGAGCUUCCAACAUUCUUCUUUCUGCCAUGGCUGUCUGUCCUUGUGCUGUACUGGAUGAUUGGUUUAUACAACGAUGCAGUGACGUUUUUGAUAUGUUGUGGAGUCAUCAUCCUCGUAGCCAACGUUGCUAUCUCCUUCGGCUACCUGAUAUCGACAGCGUGUGGGUCAGUGGACGUCGCCAUGGCUGUCACCCCUCCCCUCCUCAUCCCCUUCAUGUUGUUUGGUGGACUCUUCCUCAACAAUGGAUCCGUCCCUGUGUAUUUCAUCUGGCUGAAAUACAUCUCAUGGUUUCAAUAUGCAAAUGAGGUCCUGUCUGUCAACCAAUGGCAGUACGUCCAUAACAUAGACUGUCCCGAUGGCAAUGCCACCAUGAACAACACUGACCCCACUGAGGAGUGUUACAAGGAUGGUGAAGACGUGCUUGAAUAUCUCAGCUUCACGGAGGACAACGUGUUCUUCGACGUGGGCAUGUUGUGUGCCCUUCUGGUCAUCUACAGAGUCAUCGCAUUCAUCGUCCUACUCGUCAAGGCCCGGAGAUCCAAAUCUUAAUUCUACCAGUGACCGCAGGUGACCAAUGCGUGCUAUGGUCCCCUGAACGAGUUUAUGAACACCACUCAAUAUUCCAACACAUACACGGCGGUUGACAUCAAGAGUACGCCUUACAUGUGCUCCCAUGUGGGAAAAAACCUCGGGUUUUCGUCUUAAUCCAUAAGGCCACCCAACCGCCCUGAUGAUCGUGGGGUCGUGUCCCAGAUUAACCUUGAGAUUCCGGGGUAGAAUAGGUCUUCAGCAACUCACGCUUGCCGUAAAACGUGACUAUGCUUGUCGUAAAAGGCGACUAACGGGAUCGGGUGGUCAGGCUCGCUGACUUGGUUGA